CCCCAGCGCCAGGAGAAGAUGAUCAACAAGCUCCUAGUUUCAGCUGCUAAGGUGCCAAGAAUCGCUCCCGGUGAACCGCUCAAGGAGGCAUCGCAUUGGCGUUCUCGUCUCGAUCUCGUUGCGCACUGACUGCCAGAUUUCGUAUAUGGAUUUUUUCCUACUUGUUAUGCGUCCCCAUGUCAAGCAUGGAAAGAAUGUAGCGACGCCAAGGAAGGGCGUGUGUAUUGUUUUCACUGACGAUGUGGAUUGAUACUUAAACUAGCCUAUACACUCUCCUGUUCGACUAUAUAUACAAUACCUUUCGGGCAUCUCUCGGUCAGUUGCCGACCGUGAGCAGCAACCAGAUGCUCGGCAAACCUGACGGAGCUGCGACCGGUUUUGUACACAGUGCCAAGGUCUCCACGCCGCAAUCCCGGAACCAUCAAUGGUUGAGUCGCGCGGUGUAUCCAAGGGCGACCCAUCGACGGAUGCAACGAUGAUGUAACCGGUCCCUGUGAACUGCCCCACCAAGGGAAAAUUUCUUAUCUUUUCAUGGCGUGAACAGCCAGGGACAUUCCGGUGUAGUUGUGCCUAUAUCAAUAGCAGUCAAGUUUGUGCCAGAUCGCCGAGACUCACAUGGCGGGUGGCUUCGUGCAGUAUCAUGAACCAAGCAUCGUUCAAAUCCUAGUGAUCAUCUCGUUCUUUCUUUUUCUGUCGCUGGCCGAAUGGCUAUCGGCUAGGAUUAUUCGCGCCGGCAUCAUCGGCCAAAUCGCGGUCGGCAUCAUCUAUGGAAAACCGCUGGCCGACAUCCUUGAACUUGAGUGGCAGCAUACCUUUAUCGCUCUCGGUUAUGUCGGUCUGAUCCUGAUUAUCUUCGAGGGCGGCCUUGGUGCGCGCAUAGAUCUUCUCAAGCAGAAUUUUGUGCUUAGCAUGAUCGGAGCUGCGACAGGAGUGUGCUUCCCGAUUGGUCUCUCGUACCUAUUGCUCUACCUUGGCUUUGGGUAUGGAGCCGUCGAGACCUUUAUCAUUGGGGCAGCGUUGUCCGCCACUUCGCUAGGAACGACAUUCGCAGUCAUAUCUUCAGCGUCACGCACAGUCGACCUCGGUCAAACCCGCGUCGGCUCCGUUCUAGUCAGCGCAGCCGUCAUUGACGACGUCGUGGGGCUCGUCAUGUCGAGCGUGAUCUCCGACCUGGGCCGCUUGAAUUCUGGCUUAUCCGUAAACCUAGGCUGGCUGAUUGGCCGCCCAAUCGUGGCCUCCGUCGCAAUGGCAAUUGUCACACCUAUCGUCACAAAGUAUAUAUUCGCGCCGUUGUUUCGCAAGUACAUCGAAUAUCACUUCGCGCGAUACGACCACAUCUCCAACCUUGUCCUCAUGAUACUCGUCCUGUGUGCCUUCAUCUCCAUCGCCGCAUACGCCGGGACAUCCGUACUUUUCGGGGCUUUCCUCGCAGGAACCUUCCUCACAUACAUCCCGAGCAAGCACCCAGAGGCGCCGUUCGUAGUCACGAGUCGCGAGGAGGGCGAGCGAGAGGCGCACAAGUCUCCGACGUUCGUGCAUACCUUCGAGCGAUACCUGGUUGACGUGCAGAAGUAUCUGAUGGAGCCGCUGUUCUUCGCGAGUGUAGGGUUUGCAAUUCCGUUUGUGCAACUUUGGACGGGCAUGAGGAUUUGGCGUGGAAUGUUGUUUACUCUGCUGAUGGUCUUUGCAAAGUUCAUUGUUGGGAUAUGGGUCCCCAUUUGGCAAGCCCUUUUUAACUCAAAGGGCCGGAAGCAACUGUCGCGCGGCCAAAAGAAAACUCAACGUAAACAACCACAGGGCGAGGAAUCGCAUACCCACAAGGCUACCACAAAUUCCAGGGACAACGAUGUGUCCCAGACAGGGUCCUCCGAGAAGCAGCCUCCCUCAGAGCUCAAAUUGUCUCACAAAUCAACCCGCACAGUCUGGCUCUCCGGCCUCCUGCUCGGCUCUGCGAUGGUCGCGCGCGGGGAAAUCGGCCUCUUGAUAAUCGAGAUCGGAUACAAUGAGACCUCAUACAUCACGGAGGACGGGUUCAUCACAGGAGUAUGGGCGAUUCUGCUUAAUACGAUCAUCGGGCCUGUUAGCGUAGGGUUGCUCGUCAAGGCAUACGGAAAGCGGAUCGGGGAAGGUGAAUGGGGGUUGCAGAAGGCUGAGGGUGGGAGGGGUGCCGACAACAAUGGUCACCACCCAAAGGGUGGUGAAUCUGCUGCUUGACAGCAAUAGUGGCGAGUUGAAGC